AGUUCUAAACGGUUUAUUUAACAGGUUUUUAGAAGUUAACGACACUGGAAACAGCAGCAGGAGAUUGUGCAGGUAACUCUCUGGUUACAGGAAGGUUUCAGAAUCAAACUUAGUUUCAAGAAGAAGUGGAGCUGGUAUUAUCUUUAUCUAGAGGCUGUGGAGGAUGUCCUGACGGGACGGAGGAAUCCAGAGGAGACUGGGAGAAGGAGCUGUGGAAAGCGGGCAGGCAGGUACACUGUAGGUGAGGAUUCCUAGGAUAGCUGAUAGCUACUGUGACAACAAUUUAUGAUAACAAAUUGAAGUAACAGGUUUGGACUGAGGAAUGUCCGCAACAGAGGAAGGUCAUUAGAAAAAUUACUGGAGGCAGAUAAGAGCAAAAGGUUAAGCAGAGCAUGACACAAAAGCUUGUUCUAAGCAUGAGGGCGAUUAGCACUGUUGUAGUGACAACAAUCUGACAGAGAUGGAAGACCCACCCCAACCUUUAAACAGUGCUCACUGCUGAGAAAAUGAAGGCAUGUGUGAUUAGCAAAGCCUGGGAAACAGAGACUCCUCCAGCUGCCGGCCCACACCUGCACCUGACAGGAGAGAGAACCUCCAGACAGUAAUCAGUGCUCCAAGUUCUUCACAGUUUGUGGACUUCUGCUUGUCUACAUGCUUCCAAGAACUGAUCAUUCACCACGGUUUGGUUUCCUGACCAUGGAUCCAACAUGCUGAUCUAAUGAUCUCUGAGCCACUUUUCACUUAUGCUCCAUGUUUGAGGCAGGCUAGACCUGUAAACGUGCCUCACAAAUCUCAGGAUUUUCCACAGACAAAGGAUUUUUCCAGAUAUCCAAAACAGAAGUUGGCUUCAUCAGAGAAAGUAACUGUGCACCAACCCUCUGCUACCCCUUGAACUUCCUGCAGAUUCCUUGAACUGUGAGGCUUCUCUGCUGUCCCUUGAUGCCUCACUGUGCCUGCAGACGCACUCAUGCCUGCUCACUUCUGGAACGAUGACUCAGCCUCACUCUGGAGGAGGCGGCGCUCCGUCGUGCUGAAGCCUUCGCAGCAGCUGGACGGCUCUCGUGAAGCUUGUGAUGAUUCAGUUUCUCUCAAGUGGAAAAUUCACAGAAGGAAUUUCUUUGCAUGCGAGGCCAUUUUAGGGCUGCAUGAGUUCCUUUUGAAGUAACGUUGCUAAAACUGGAAGUUGCUGUGACAUCAGCUAACUCGCACACUCUUUAUGUCUUUAAUGUAACUUUCAUACUGACAAAGCUCCUGCUUGUCACAGUCAGAGGACAGAAAUAUAUAAACAUAACAACUGAGGCAGCAAAGUUUGCAAAACAGUGUUGGCUUGACUGUAGUCACAGUUUGUGGGAUAGCUUACGACUGGGAGGCACGCCUGUUCCUUAUGCAAGUUUUGGACAUAUCACAUGGAUCAAACAAGUUCAGGUUCUGAAAUCCUUGCAUGAUCACAGAGGGUCACAGGGUCAGUUUUUACACUUCAGGCUGAAACAUCCUGAACACCACAGAAGGGAAAAUAGUUAAAAAUCACCAAAUUUCAGCCCAAAUCUAUGAACUCUGAAAAUAUUUAUAAUAUGAAGGCAAAUAUUAGGACUGUACCGUCAGUAUUUUUACAUGGCUUCAUAAAAAUACUGAAGGUAACGUAAAAAGGAAAAUAUCGGCGGAUCCUGAGGUGGUCGGAUGGGAACCUUUCUCAAGUUUGGGUGAUUUGAUGGAGAAUGAGCCAAUAUCGAACAGUUGCCAACAUUCUGGAUUAAAUCAUCGCUCGGACUGCAUGAGCAGAUGUACCAGAGUUUAUGCGUCUUUACCUGUUCUGCAGUUUUUCUAAUGCGAAAUGUUGGAUUCACAGCAUUUUCAGCACCUCGUGCCCCUCAAUGACGUCUCUGACCGCGUCUUUGCUCCCAGUGUUGCUCUCACAGUAACACAUCGAGCUGUUGCGCUGGUACAAACUGUGUUACAGUGUGCAGCGUGCAUGCACGGCUGUAUAUCGGCGUCUUUGCGGUCCUCCUGAGCUCUGAGUGGUGCUGUCUCGCAUCUGCCGCCCUGCAACGACUGCACUUCCAUUGCAUUUCUCCAGCAGCGGAAUAACCAGGCCCCUCGCAGCCGCUACACGGUGCCCCUGAGCCGGGCUGAUUCCCACCGCAGACCCGGGAGGUGAGACGGUGGUGGCACAGCGGAGGACGACGGACUCCAUAACCGCUGCGAAGGCCGGAUCUACGGCGGAGGAAAGCCCAGGAUGUGAUGAAAUCCUAAACAAAGUGCGACACACACACAGACACACACAAGCCCCUGCACAUCAUAAACGGGCCCGUCUUGCACUGCAACUUUGCGUUUUGGGCUCUCGGUGGGCGCAGAGGGCGGAUAAUCAUAGAGGUGAGGUCGGGGAAAUUAUUGUCUGGGGAAGGGUGACGCGCACUUCUCAGCAGCCCCUGCGCUGUCAGACGAGGAAGUGAAGCUUCACACACGCCCAUUUGAGCCUGUCGACCCUGCUGAAAAAGCCCAGAGCCGCUCAUCAGAUAACACAGCAACGGACUUUCCAAACAUGCGCCCACUUUCGGAUGGACGGCAGCGGGAAUAACCUGCAGGACGUCGAGCAUUUCAGCAGCGUGCUUCAGUGUUGAAGGAUGGACAGGGAGCUGGUUCGGCAGAGCCAAUCAGAUCACGGCGAGGCCACCAAUGGAACGAGCCCUCCGACCGCCGCUGAGUCCUCUGCCACCCCUCCGACCCCCACGCCUCCUCGGCUUACCCCCAACCCAUGCUCCUGGACUCCCCCGCACCCUCGCUGACACCCACCACCUCCUCCCCUCCCCCGCCUCUCACUCCCGCUCCCUCCAUCACCACAAACCAUGGACCAAAGGCGGCAGCAGCAACGGCAGGCGCUCCGUCUCCUCACGUCCUCGUCCCGACUCCCCCUAAACUUACCUCCACCCCUGCCCCCACCCUCCGCACAUACUCCCGACACAACCAUUCUUCCAAAAUGUCUUCCUCCGUGCAAACCCCCCCUUCCCCCUCCCUUCUCCCUCCCCCUUCGUCCUCCUCCUCUCCUGUCGUAGCGACCGCUCCUUCACCACUCCUCUCAUCCUCUCCAACUUCUUCUGCAACGCACAACAACACCACCAUGUCUGCCAAGAUCUCCACCAGCCUGACCAACGGGAGCGCUAGGGUCCUCUCUGCAACCUCAACGCCAAUCACACCGUUUCACACGCCAGCCAGUCCACCUGGCAGACAGGUAUCACAGACUCCUGUGGGCACACCUGGUCUUGUGCGAACCAAUCAGAACCCCUCCCCUGUCAGGCAUCCCAAGGUGUCCCAGCAGACAUUGCUCCUAGGAAAAGGUCUCAAAGGGACAGGCCAAGACCAAGUGUUGCUUAGAGCUCAGAUGCUAAUUCUUACAUCUGCUAUGCGGCCGCCCCAGCCGUGCUCCUCCUCUUCCUCCUCCUCUGUUUCCACUUCUCCUCCUUCCUCUAACCCCGCCUCGGCUCAGCUCCAGAGUCUCACCUUGAGGCCUCCUCCCCCCGGGACUCUCGCCAUCCCUCCUUCCCUACGCCUCAAGCCCAACGCCACGGCCCCGCCUCCCCUCUCUCGACCUCAAGUCCCCCUCUUCCCGAUUCUCAAGCCGCGACCUCAGUCCAGCAUCACAGCAACGGAGUGUCCAACCACGCCCAGCCGACACCUCGCCGUGCCGCCUCCAAGUAGGUCCCUGAAGGGUGUGAUGAGGCCGGAUGAGUACGCUCCUCCAUCUCUCUAUUCUCCGGUUCGAGCCGUCCCUCUGAGACCCAGACUUCACUCUCCUAACGGUCACAGAGCGGCGUCACCUCGACAGACCUCGGCCCUCCAACCAAUCGCUGCUGCUCCCUCCAGCCAGGCGUCUUCCAUCAGCCGGCCGCUGGCGGGACUGAAGAGCUGUCCGUUAACUCACAGCCCGGUAUCUGUCUCCAGCGCUCUGUCAGCUGUGCCGCAUUUUGAGCGCUCGUUGUCUGCAGCGAAGCAGCUUCAGAUCAUCGCCCUCUCUUCGGGUCGCCAGCCACAGCCGGGAACGUACACGCAUGCUUCGGUGCAGCCGCCGCCUCCAGCGGCAGAGUCGCCUGAGGUUUCCGCCCAAUCAAAGAGGACUUUGAGCACUGAAGACGUCCUUCCUCCUCCUCCUCCUCCUCCUUUAAACCCCUCGUUGCCAAAAACCACCUCUCCUCUGCCCUCACCUCCAUCCCUUCUGAGUCCAGCCUCUCCACAGAGUCAAGCUGAGCCCCAGCCGCAAAAUCUGACCCAGAAGGUGGAGGUAAAGGAGGCUGAAGAGCAGAGAAAGAGAGCUGCAGCUGUGAGACAGGAAGUCAAAGAUGAGGAAAGCAUUGCUAAAGACCUGAGAGUGGAGAAAGAUGACCAAAGAGAGAAGGUGAAGGAGGAGGAGCCCAGUGAGGAGCAAAUCAGCCAGGAGGUGCAGGAAGUUAGCCGAGAGGAAGAUCAAAUGGAAGUGACAGAAGAAGGCCAAAGUGAGAGAGAGAGGAGAGAGGAAGGCAAGGACAAGAAGAUGGAGGAGGAAGAGGAAGGAGAGACUCCAAUGGACCAGUCUGAGAACCAGACGGCACAGCUUCCCCAUCAGUACCACAACACGGACCCUAUCCCGGAGCCUGAUCCUGUUAAAGACUCCACUGUGGACUCAAAACCCAUCACGGGUCUCAUUUCAACUCCACUUCCAGUCCAAACUCCAGCACCAGUCCCGGUACCAGAGCCAGCUCCAGCCCCCGAAGCCUCUGCCCAGAGUCAGAGGCUGCCAGAGCCUCAGAAAGACCUUCAGCCCGUCAGCCAGGAGGACUUCUGUGAGAACAUGUCGACCCAGUCCGACAAUCAGUCAGCGCUGUCCAGCCUCUCCUCUCAGUCUCCCCCCUCCUCACCCAUCACCACUCCUUCGGCAGAAAACCCUCCUCCUCUCCUCCCGGCGCACACCGCCCUCCCGACUGACCUCAGCCUACCGCAGCAUGAGCCAGCGAAGGUGGACAAAGCAGGUGGCGAGCAGCAGCCCCCCACGGAAACUGAGGCAGAGCCUCUCGGACAAUUGGAGGACGAGUCAGAGAGCUUCAGCCAAUCACUGAGCAGCCCCUGGGAGCCAAGGCCGUGGCCUGAGGGACGGCAGGUUCUCACCCACCUGGUGGAGGGAUUUGUCAUCCAGGAGGGGCUCCAACCGUUUCCUGUGAACCGCUCAUCCCUGCUGGUUCCAGUGCAGGUGCCCAAACCGCAGGAAGUGAAUGGGACCAAUGGGAAAGCGGCGCUGCCUGUAACGGAAACGAUAAAACAAACUGAGCACUCCACAGACUCGGACGAAGAGGAAGGAGGAGACACGGACGACCCUGGGAGCAGGUCGGGCCACAGAGACCGAACGGUGCUGCACUGCCAGUUCUGCGGGAAGAGGGGCCACGCACACAACUUCAUGCGCUCCAAACGCUUCUGCUCCACUUCCUGUGCACGCGGGUUUAACGUUCGACUGACGAAGCGUCUGCGAGCUCUCAGCGCAGGAAGCCGGUCAGAGAAGCCUCGUCCUGCCCUCAACCGGGCGGAGUCAGUCCCUGGGAAACCCCUGCUGCUGCGGCUGCCUCGUGAUCUGUGGAGCGCCGGUCAGCGGGAGAAAGAUGGAAAAGAAAAAGCGGCGGCGGCAGAAGAGGACGAAGAUGAAGACGAUAUGGUGGGAGGUGGAGGCAGGGAGGAGGAAGACGAUGACGGAGGAGAGGAAGAUCCCGCUGUCGCCAUGACGGCUAGGAUGGAGCGUCGGGCGGCUCGGAGAGCGAGGAGGGCGUCGGCGCCGGCCGUGACCACUUCCACGCCUACCACCACGUUUAAGCCAGCCCCCUCGCAGUGGAGCGUGGAGGAAGUCACCGCCUUCAUCCACACGCUGCCAGGCUGCAGUGACGUAGCGGAGGCUUUCCGGGUGCAGGAGAUCGACGGCCAGGCUCUGCUGCUGCUCACCGAGGACCAUCUGAUGACCAGCAUGAACAUAAAACUGGGACCUGCUCUGAAGAUCUGCGCUCACAUCAACGCACUGAAAAACCAAUGAGAGACAAAGAAAAAGAGAAACAACGUGAGAAAAAGAGAAAGCGUUUAAAAAGGAAGAGGGAAAAAAGGCAAUAAAGACGCGAGGAAACGAGAGAAGUCGGCGGAAGUCAAAAGCUGACACCAAGGAUGACAGAGCAAAGUCACAAAAAGAGAUUUGUGGGAAUUUAUAAUUCAUGAGAUUAUAAAUCUAGGCGUGGCCUUAGCAGAUGGGAGCUGGAGAGGAGUGCGGGAGCAUGACGACACCAGAGUCCAUGAGAAGUCUCACCAGUUUUGGGCCCUCCGACUGUAGCAGGAGACGGGGGGGUUUUGUAACUUUGUGUAUAUUUUACAUGCCGCUGGAGAGUGUACAUUUGAAGCUAUUUGAUGAAGGAUUUUGAACAUUUAAUAUAUAAAAUUUGUCUAUUUAGUUUUUUUAGAACGUGACGUCAGCAACAAAUCUAUCCAGUAGCUAAACAUAACCCGUGUGUGUAAAAGGAAAAAACAAUAAUGCGUAGACUUUGUAAGUGAUUAAUGAAAGUUUAAUGUUUUAUAUCACUAUAUUCUGGACAAAGACAUGUCUGUGUAUUAAAAAAGUCACUAUCAGGGUAGAGGCUGGUGUCUUCAAUCGUCACAUUUUUAUGGUAUCCUGCUUGAAAUUAUUUAAUAAAUGAAUAAUUGAUCAUCAAA